AGCGAGCUUAGGAACUCUGCAAUAUAUCAAGUCGGAUGAAGUCGAAGAUUAGGAUUAGAAAAACGAAAAUUGGCCUCCAGUGUUGGCUCAAAAACAUCGACUAACAACAUCAUCAUCGUUCUUGGCGUAGACACGCAUUCUAGAAUCUACCUCAUAUAAUCUUGGCCGCGUUGGCAUCCCAUCCUCAACAUAAGUACUUAUUCACAACUUGUUUGUCUUUAUCACGACUACACAGUCACAUCAUCAAGAUGGCGUCGAUGAGUGUAGUCGAAGAACAAAACGAGGCCCUGAAAAGGGAGCUCGCGGAGCUUUCGGACAAGCUCACAGCGCAGCAGAGCUCAGGACAACAUCAGUAUGACGAAAUUUCGCAAUUGAAAGCGAAGAUCGUCACUCUGCAAAAAACCGUCGAUACAGAAAUGGCCAAGAAAGAACAGGUUGAAGCCCAGAAUAUCAUCUUGGGCUUGCAGCUCAAGGACUCGCACGAUACAGGCAUCGGGAAAAACAAACUGAAAAAUUAUGAUGAUGAUGGCCUUGCGUGGUCGUUUGGGAUCGUAUAUGCAGUAUGAUGAUGAUGAUGCGCAGCUGAGAAGAACAACUAGUAUUCAGUCACCUUAUUUUCCUCCGUUAAAAAUAGUCUUAGCAAAGCUCCUCACCUUCAAUUAUCACCUUUACCUCGGGACAUAUUAAUAGGUCUACAUCAAUAUUGUGAAUGGUUCCGGUAUUUGGUAACCUGAAUUUGAUCAUAAGGGAAAACAAGAAGAGAACCAUUAGGAUCAAAUUCAGGCUACCAAAUACCUCUAUACGCAUUGAGUCUUCUUGUAUUUUUCGGACGAAUCCAUCGGUACUACAUCAAUAUUCUAUUGAAUCUUCUUGUAUUUUUCGGACGAAUCAAUAGGUACAUCAAUACUCUAUUGAAUCUUCUUGUAGACAUAUGUAUGCUCCUCUUGUUACAACCCUUUCUAACAUCCACAAGUGAAGCGGCCAGAUGAAGAGGGACGUCCAGAAGCUGCGAAAGCUGCUACGAAGAUCAUACGAACGGUGGACCAGUGGUUGAGACAGAGGGAUUUGGAGCAAGCCUUAUUGCGUGGAAGUGCCAUAUCAGAUAUCGGAUUCUCGACGUUGGUACUUCUCUGUCUUUUGGUUUUGUCUAGGAUGACAUAGAAGAUCUUCUUCUUCUUUUCGACGUUGGUACUUACUCUGUCUAGUAUGACAUAGAAGAAGAAGAUCUUCUUUUCGACGUUGGUACUCUGUCUAUCACAUUUAAUGAAGAUCUUCUUGUUUUUCUUUACUGUAGUCACUGGGGAUUUAUUGCGCGAGGAGCACGACACUUCAGCAUCAGCCGCUUCUCAACGAAGAAAACAGAAACCUUCCUUCUAUUUGUGAGAUGUAUGUAUCAAGUUCGUAUCGAGAAUCAUUCACAAAUAACAAUCCUACAACCACGGCCGGGCUCAAGUCCUAAUCGAUUGUGCAUCCACCACCCUCUCCCUCUCUACACCAGGCGCAAGUCCUAAUCGAUUGCCCGUCUUUGCAUACGCUGGAUUUGUCGAAGAAUCAGCUGACCAUGGACAGCUGUUCCGAUAUAUGCCAAAUCGUCACCACCGCACCAACAAUUAGCUACAUCUCAUUGGAGGCGAAUCUGUUUUCUUUAAGGCUAGUCUAUCACUGUGGCCUAUGCUGUGGCCUAUGUUGAGUAUGAGUAGAAUUUAUAAGCUCCCCAUGCUUAGAAUUUAUAGAGAAAGUGAGCGGAAAAGAGGCAACCCACUCAAGGAGGGAUAGUGAUUGACUGCCUCUAAUUUCUCUGCGAUCUAUCGGCUACUUCAUGACGGCAAUUAUGGAGAGGCAGAACAACAAUUCAGUGACGCCUUUAGCCAUUUUGCAUAUGCAGGACAACGAUGGAAUCAUCCAAGCAAUCGAGGCAGACAUACAACCGACUAGUGCGGACGUACUGACUGAGUAGAUCUAGAUUCUAUUUCUAGGUAUAGAGGUGCUGGUUGAUAAUCCGGAUCAUAUCGAUCAUCAUGUAGAUAUCAUUGUGUCUGUAUCUAUCAUAGAACCAAUGCUCAACAUUGUAUCGAUGAAUUUUUCCUUCCAUUUUUAACUCGUUCUACUUCCAAGUCGGGUCGUCCUUUAUCCGAGGAACGUUCCCUAGUUAUUUCUAUCCAACCCACCAAAACAGCUAAAAGCGUGGCCGAAACUCGCUUCAUUGCCUAGUCCGGCUCCGGCAAUACUGCUAGCCUUGAGCAAAGCCCUGUGGAAAUUCCUUCACGAUACUGGUCAUCCGCAAGUGAAGAGCACCAAAGUGGAACAGGUAAUCACGAUACUUCUGGAGUGGGUACUUAGUAGACUUACAUAUAUCUAUUCAACAUUCACUCACUCAUACCAGGAUCUUUUGAAACAAUUUGAAUUUGCAUUUUUUGAUUCUUACAACAAGCAAGAUGCAUUUCCAUUCGCGUGGUCUCAUCUCCGUGUACAAAAACCUCCAGGUAAGAUGGAAUCGCAUGGACCCUCAUACGAUCAAGAAAAUGCAGUCAGCGCUCAGCAAAAUUCUGCUAAUUAGUGAAGACGAUGUCUCAGACAAAAAGAAACCAGGUACUAUUUACGAUUGCAUCAAUUUGAAGCGUAUGGAACAACUCUACUGGACUUUAAUUUUUCCGUCGAUGAAGAACAUACAAUUCUAUCCGCACUUCCUCAAAAAAUCUAAGAAGCCACAUCAAAAGCAAAAUCUAUAUUUCAGCCACAUCAAAAGGACAAAAACGGAAGACGAAAGUAAAAGUGUAGACGUGAAAAGGAUCAUAUAACGAUAAAGUAAUAGUAUAUAAAUAGAACAAGCUAGGCCUAGCACUAGAUAUAAAGCUUGAGGAUAAGACACGGAUAUAGUUAGUCCUACUUCUCGCGCUGUGCACUAGUUUGGUGAACCGGUACCCUGGAGCGAACUAGUGGGUGCACAUAGCGCGAGAACCGAGCACUUCUCUGAGGCACGCACUGGCUUCGGCCGCCAUAGAUGAGAAGACCUCCAGGGCAGAAGGACGAACGCGCGGCGCCUAAAAUAGACGGAUCCUAAUAUAAACGUGGCCACUAGAAUUUUAUUAGAUAUUUGGAAUACCUGACUUUUUUGAUUUUUUGUUUGCUAGUUAGGAGUGCUCCACCGAUAUAUUUCAGCCACCUUAACUGCUGACCAAGCGAUAUAUUUGCCUAGUGACGACGUCCCUAUGGAGAAGGAUGACACGAAGAAGAAGGAUGAAAAAAGUAGUGAAGCGGGCAAGGACUCAGGUGACGAGGGCACGGGUAGAGCCGACUCGAAGCCUACUGGUGGCGCUGCCUCAAGUACGUCAAAGAUGGACCUUGGGUCGAAGAGCAAGACAUCAGACCAUCUAGGAUCAAAGUCCUCUACACAUAACAAGGCCAUUGUUGCGACUGGACGAAGAGAUAAGUGCAACACCUUCAACCUGAAACAGAUAUUGACGAAGAACGGUACUAUCGGGAUUAGAAUAGUGCAGUCUCCUAUUAGAUUUUCUGAUAAGCAACCAACAAGUCUGGAAGAAAAACACAUCUAGUUCUAUUUGUAGUUGUACUUUUAGAACACAAGAACCUCAUCUUGAUUCUUGAACGUCGUCAUACUUAGAAGUUUCAUCUUUCCCCCACCUCGACCAUAUCUUGAAGGCACAAUCCUGAUGAACAUGUUGGAGAGGAUGCUGGACUCAACAGCUAUUGACGCCAGAGAUAUCGAAACUGAGAGGACUUUACUAGAGCAUGCGUGCCACACAGGAAAUCUAGCACUAGCAAAACUAUGCUACAGAAGAGGCGCGAAUCUCAACGGAAAGAGCUUGUCAGGCGACAUACCCUUCACAAUCGCUACGAAGAAUAAACGGUACUAGAAGUAGUCGUGGAGUGUCAUUCUCUUGAUCUUUGUUUAGUUGUGAGAGCUCAUGGCAUCUGCUUUUUCUAAAUCUUCUGACAGGUACGACAUCAUGGAAUUCUUGCAUCUCUAUGGCGUCAGCGUCAACUCAGCAGAUAACAACGGCUGCACGGCUAUGCACGUACUGAUACCGACUAAGUGUUUUUUUUGUUUGGAUGCAUGACUAAGCAUGCUCUAGUAAUCUGAUCAUCACUUCGAGAAGUUAGAACUAUCAUGAUCAAAGUCAAACUUCACUUGCUGUGAAAACUUGCACCUCUAUAGUUAAAGAUGCCUUACCCCAUGAGUGGGUACAUCAAGCAAUCAAUCAAUCAAUCAAUCAAUCAAGGAAGAUCCACUCCACCAAUCCCCAGGUCGUAAUCUGAAGAUGGUCAACAUUAAGAGAACAGACACAACAAGUCCUUCACGUUCUUCGUUCGAAGCUGUAUCUUUAAUGUCCGUAGCCACACUGGCCGUAACCACACUUUUAGGUCGCCACCGCCAACAAUGAUGUGGACGCAGUCUGCCGAUUGGUGGAGUGGGGUGCGGAUGUCAAUCUCCAGGACCGCAUCGGACGAACAGCGCUCCAUUUCGCAGCAAUCGGUGGGCAUAGUGAGGUCUGCAUGCUGUUGCUGGAACUCUUAUGGUCCUGCUUGCAGUAGAAGGAGUAGAUCAGAAAUGUUGCGAUGUACGUAAGUAGUCUAAGAACAACGAUUUGUGCUUGAACUUAUAUGUUGUAGUACUACAAGAACUCUGAAUUUAUCAUUAUCUUUCUUUGCAGUCGUCAGUCGACGAAAACGAAAAAACAAUGAAUUUAGCCUCUUGCAUUUCUUUUUCUAACCCCCGCCGCCGACCUAAAUGCGCGUGACGCCAAGGAGUACACCGCUGUAGCCCACGCUGAGAACAACGACCACUUCCAGUUGAUGGAUCGCCUAGUGGCACUAGGCGGAAAGGGUCACGGUCUGCAGAAGGACGCGGCGGGCGACAAUUCCAAACCACUGGGCUUCACCAGUGUCACGGCAGGUGAACUGAAGGCGUCUGCCCUAGGCAGACUGGCGAAGUGGAAACUGGAUUAUAAGGAUAACUAAAGUGGAACCCAUUGGAUCAUCACAAGAUCUUAGGAGUUCGUCUCAGUGAUGAAGGACUUCAAGUAGCUGUUCGAACGAUCAUGAACACUCUGUUAUAUGUAGUUGCUCUGCGAAUAGCAAGAACAGAUAAGAAGAUUACAACUAUUCAUAAAAGUACUACGUAUUGGACGAUCAUUGUCCGUAUGAAUGUGCUGGUGCUUUCUAUCUUCAAGAUUCGACCUGUAUAGACCUUGUACAGUAUUAAAGAUCAAGAGCUGAAUCAUACACCAAUCUGACCAUUGUUCGCAGCAUUAGUAAUAAAAGACACACACAUUCAUAUCGUCAUACUAGUAUCUAUCGAAAUCCUAUCACAUAUCAUAACAUGAGCCGCUCGCGCUCCUCUCUCAGCAAGUAUACAUCUGUAUCAUGCAACAGUUUUGACCUGAUUACGUAUUACUUACAUAAGAUUCAUUCUUGUAGUGAAAUUUGUGACCUUAUCAUACAUGUUACGUAGUAGAACUUAGCAUAGUCGUAGUAAAACGAAAUCCGCUUAUAGACAAAUCAAAUAUGCCGUAAAAAGGUUUGGAUAACGACCGACAAUGUAGUGAAGAAAGCAUUUGCUAUAGCAGUAGAACUAAAGAAAAGAAGCUAGUAGCUCAUCGUAGUGAAAAAACUUGCAUCAACUCAUUCGCAAUCGUAGCCAUCAGUGCAAAAAUUUCGUAACUACAAGUCAAUCUCUGCACUGAAGAUCCAAGACAAGGGCUUACCACAAGAAUUCAAAAG